CAGCUCCCACCCCCUAUGCCUCUCGCGGCCGCCGCCGCCGCCGCGUGCCCCACCCCGAUUGGCCUGGGGCCCCGCCCGUCAUGCCGCGCAUCCGCGCAGCCGCGCCGCCGCCGCCGGGUCCGGCUGGAGGCGAGCUCCUCGGCAUCCGCGCCGGCGCCUGCGAAAGCGGACGAGGGGGGCGGUGCGGGGCCCUGCCCCGUCGUCAGGUUCGACAUGGCCGACUUCACCAUCGCCGACCGCGUCAGCGUCGGGCUCCACGGACGGUCGGAUGAGACGAUCUUCGAGGCCACCGUGCGCGAUCCGAGCAGUGAGCUCUACGGGUCGACGGUGGUGCUGCGGCAGCUCACUAGCUCGCAGGCCAAGCGCAGGGGCCGGCGAGCGCUAGAGGUGCUGAAGAAGCUGGCCCGUCGCCAGAUGAUGUACCACUCUUACGCGAUGCAGGUCCAUGGCUACGUCACUCCAACCAAGGCCAUGGACGUGGAGGAGGUUGAUGCUCCACUCGUCUUGGUGCACGGGUACCAUGGAAGUUACUCCUUGCGUCACUGGUUGCAACUCUCAGAUUGGCUUCCAACCUUGGAGGCAACAUUAGCAUUGGAUGAAGAACAAGUAAGGAGGGUAGGAGAUGAUUCAAUUGGUGGACCUGCUGUAACUCGGCAGCUACGUUUGAUCAGGAUAUUGAUGAGAGACCUUCUCAUUGGUGUAAAUUACCUGCAUAGCCAUGGAAUGGCACAUACUGAGCUUAGACUGGAGAAUGUUCAUGUAAGCCCAGUAGACAAGCAUGUCAAAGUUGGUAUUCUUGGGAAUGCUGUUGAUUUUCAUGACAGUGAUCCUAGCAACAGUACAGUGGCAAGUAACAAUGAAAGAAGAAAAAUGAUGAUAGCAUUUGACAUGAGAUGCGUUGGCUUCAUCAUGGCAAAGAUGGUUCUCAGAGAGCUCAUGGAUUCAUCAACAUUUCUAAAAUUCAAGUCCUUCUUGACUAAGGGAAAUGAUCCAUCAUGUCUGCGUGAGUUCCUUGUACCAAUUCUAACCCAAAAUUCCCCAUCUGGGAAUAUUGGCCUGCAGAUGCUAGAUAGGAACUGGGGUGCUGGUUGGAAUCUUUUGGCCGUACUACUAGCAACAAAACCUGACAAAAGGAUAAGUUGCAUCGAUGCACUCCGACAUCCGUUCCUUUGUGGACCUAAAUGGCGUAUAAGUCCAACUGUGAAUGUUGUCCGUUGGGGUUUGGGAUCUACUGCUGUCCGCCUGGCUGAAGAUUAUAUUUAUGGACAUCAUCAGCGUAGACGGUUAUCAUAUUUCAUUGAGUUGAUGGAGGUGCUGAACCCUAAUCCAAGAACAGAGAAUUGGCUUUCCCUCCUUCCUGGUCGUUGGUGCCUCUUAUACUGUACUGGAAGGCACAUCGGUCUAACACUUCGUCAGGCUACCCCCAGAGUCCUGAUCACUGAUGCGUUCCUCACAUUUGCUGAAACUCCAGAGUCUGUUGAUCCUGUUUUAUCCCUUACAUCAGAAAUUGGUUUCAAAAUUAUGCCAGAAUCUGACUGGCCUCAUGACAAAUCUGGCACUGAAGGAAUUUUGUCGCUUACCACAUCAGCAAGGAUAACUCAUGGGAGCAUUUAUACCAAUGCAGAUGAUAUUGAAGGGAGGAGGAUUACAUCUUCUAGUUAUCGUCGUGGUAAAUGGGGAAAAGCUUCAAAUAUCAAGCAGCUGCCAGCUAGCCUCCCCGCAGCAAGCAUUAAUGUCGAUGAUGACGAAGUCGAUGUGUCGAUGAGUUGCGGGUCCACUUUGAAUGUCAAUUCUGCACGGAAAGUGCUGCAAGAGGUCCGUACUCAGACCCCGCCAGAAAUGUUCGACUUGUCAAAGAUUGUUUGCGGUACCUACAUUGAUUCAAGGUUGAUGAUUCUUCGCGGUGUCAAUGGGUCGGCUUUACUUUUCAUUAGAUCAAAUCGCAUGUCUGACUCCUGACUCCUGAAGAGAACAUUGUAAUCCAUUUUUCCUGUACAUUCUUGUAUCUCUAGGUGUACAUUAUUCAUUUGUAACAAGUGUACAUAAUUGGGUGUGUAGGCCUAAGUUAAAAGAAGGUGCAUAGGAAAUCAUACUGCCACGUUGUUUCUUGGAACAAGUAGAAAAUAUAGCCCCAUCCCGUUUAAAAGAAAUAGAGGGGGUUUUAAGUGA